AUGGCAAUUACUUACCCACGUCCUUGUCCUAUCUGUGGAACCAAAAUUAAGAAUCGAGGAAAUUUCUUCCGUCACAAAAAGUAUUGCGGUACUAAUACAAGAGCACCAUGCCUACAUUGUGAAAAAACGUUUUGUCGUAAAGACAAAAUGGUGGCUCACGUCAAGAAGUGUCACUCCGAAGCAGCGAAGCGGAAGGCGGAAGAAAGUGCUGAACUCUUACGUCUAGAGUUAUUGAAUUCUGGAAAGAUACCGCGAUUAGAUGUUGAAGAACAGACCGGCGGAGCAGUGAGCACCCGCGGAACCAAGCGUUCAGCUGAAGAUUCCAAUCCUGAUGUGAAGAUGGCAAAGAGGGAACCCGAGAGCAGUGAAACCAAGACUGAUGGCGGUACAGGUCCGUUGUUUCAAGCCAACAUUGCCAAGAUGGGGACUCCUAAAAAAUGGAAAAAGGGCAAAGUCAUUGAUCAAAAAUUUACGUUUACGUUGGACUAUGUACGGGACCCAAAACCAGAGGAAGAUUUAGGGGUAGAAGCAGUUUAUGCGUUGACCGAAGGCAUGGAUACUAUGGUGGAAGACAUGGAGAUUGACCUAAAGAACUAUGACCUGGCACUUCAAAUUGGAAGCAAGGAACAUUUCAAAGAGUCCAGCAAUACCGGUGAAACAUGGCAUAUCCCUGCCGACGAUUACUUUCACCGUUUGCAAAUGACGCAAUCGAUGUUAGACCAUAUUGCGAGGGUCUUGAAUUCGGGGGAAUUUAUUUCGUCCGACAGAGGCUUUUCAGCCUCCAUGACUCUUUUACGUCGUGAUGUGAAAGGCGGAAAACGAGCAGGCUACAAGCCAGGAGCCAAAAUCUGGGAAGAAGUGGUCAAAGAAUUGCGCUGUGUCCAUGAAAUCAAAAACAAGGAUAAAUUGUGCUGUGGCCGUGCGAUUGUAGUUAUGAGGGAGUAUGCCAAGAAAAAGCAGGUGAAAAGAACUGUUACGAAAAUAUUCGCCAAGAUCGAGGCAAGAACAGCCAGCAACUGA